AUGGAGAAUUAUGUGGCUGGAAACUAUGAGAAAGUUUAUCUUGCAGAUGGCAAACAAGCUGCAGGUUCUUCUUCAAGCUAUUCGACGCACCUGAUAGAUGGUGAAGGAAAGUUCAAUAGCUCUGGACUAGAGAGCUUUACCCAGAACGCUAAUUUAUCUAAAUCUGGCAAAUCCUACUCUGUUAUCUCUAUCAUGGGCCCUCAAAGCAGCGGGAAGAGCACGCUGUUGAACCACUUGUUCCAAACAAAUUUCGUUGAGAUGAAUGCAAACAAAGGCAGGUCUCAAACAACGUUGGGUAUUUGGUUAGCAAAAUGUGUCAAUGUUGAACCAUGUACUCUUGUCAUGGACUUGGAAGGUAACGAUGGAAGAGAGAGGGGUGAUAAUGAUACAUCCUUCGAGAAGCAAAUCGCACUCUUCGCGCUUGCAGUUUCAGAUGUAGUCCUCAUAAACAUGUGGUGUCACGAUGUUGGACGAGAAAAGGCUGCAAAUAAACCCUUAUUAAGAACUGCCUUCCAGGUGAUGAUGCGCUUGUUCAAGCCUCGUCAAACCACUCUUUUGUUUGUACUUCGAGACAAAACUCAGACGCCUUUUGCAAAGUUAGAACAAAUCCUAAAGAAAGACACUCUUGAGAUAUGGAAUUCAAUUCCUAAACCGCAAUCUCGCAAGGAAACAGCGUUCAGCGAAUUCUUCAAUAUUAAGGUCGUGGCACUUUCUAGUUACGAGGAAGAAAUGGAAACAUAUCUCGAAGAGGUAAGUGAGUUAAGGAAUCAACUAUCAAGUGGGGAAAUUAUGUCAACAAGUGAUGAGAGCUUUGUCCCUGCUCUUGGAUUUUCCAUCAGCGCCGAAGAAAUUUGGAAAACAAUCAGGGCCAAUAAAGACCUUAACAUUCCACCUCCAACGGUGAUGAUUGCCAAAGUGCGUUGUGAAGAAAUUGCAAGGGAAAAACUUGAAGCUUUUCUUGCUAACAAUGAAUGGUGUGAAUUAAGUGAGGCAACGAGCACUAAUAAUCCAGUGCCAGAUUUCGGCAACAAGACUAGUUCACUCAUCAAUGCUUGUCUAUCACAAUACGACGAAGAUGCUCAACUUUACGAAGAUGAUAUAAGACAGGAGCGGCGACAGAUGCUCAUCGACAACUUAAUGCUACGUAUAAAACCAGCAUAUGAUUCUGCUUUGCAAGUUAUCAUUACCGGAAAGGUGAAGGAAUUCAAAGAUGCGUUUGAAAAUGAUUUGAAAGGCGGUAAAAGUUUUCGCGAUAUGGUUGAUAUCUGUGUUGAGCGUUAUUCAAGCCAAUUCGACAGAGCAUUUGAAGAUAUUAGUAUCCCAGAAGGUAACUGGGAUUGUUCAGUAGAGAAGGAGAAGUUUAUGAAUGAAAUAAAUGCAAUUGUUGGGCAAGCCCGGGGAGAAAAAUUGAAUGAUCUGAUUCACGAAUACAAUGAGAAGUUGAGGGAUACAACAAGGGAACCAUUGGAGGCCAUUCUAGGAAACCCGGGGUCUGAAACGUGGCCAAAUAUAAGGGAACUUCUCUCAACCCAGUCUAAGGAAAUUGCCAAGGAGUACUACCAGGCCAUGUCCCAAUUAGGUGGAGACCAGGACACGACUUCCCUCGACGACAUACAAACGCAGUUUCAGGGCUACUUAAAACAAAUUAUCGUAACAAAAGCAAAGAUAGAGGCACCUAAAGUGGCUAAUCUUAUGCAAGACAGGUUCAUCACAAUGUUUCUUCAAGAUUCUGAUUCCAUGCCACGCUCAUGGAAUGAAGAUGACAUUGACAUCAACAAGAUCAUUAGGGUUGCUAAGACUCAAGUAAGUAAUUAA